AUGUCGCUUGAAGAAAUUACUCCUGAGUUUAUCUCAUCAUCAUCGAAUAACUAUUCAAAACAACUAUCAAAAACUUUAAAGUUUGUAUCGCAAUCUGGACAACACAGUAAUAGCAAACGGAAAAAAUUAAUUAUUAUCAGUAUUAUUACUCUACUGAUUUUGUUGAUUGAUUUAAUUGACGAAUGUUUAGGUACAACAGCAUUAACAAUCUAUGAUGUUGGGAAUGGUGGAGCUAGUGGUGAUCCACCUUGUUUAUCCUACACAGUUGUCAAUGAUCCUUCGCGCAAUAUAGCAACAUCUGGAGUAGGUGGUAUAUGCGAUAAUGGUCCCUUAUUCAAUACAAGUAUUGGUGGUAGAUGGAUUAGAUUUGUCGGUACAGGUGGUACUAUAAUUCCCCUGACAUCACCAGGAGUAAAUCAUUGUGGUGCUUUUCUAACAGGAUGGUUCAAUGGAACAUUACCAUCAAUAGUAGGAACAAUAGUUAGUGGCGAUGUAUGCUUUGAGACAGGUGGCUUCAUGUGUCUGAUCUUGAUCCCUGUUUCAGUUGUCCACUGUAGCAGUUUUUAUGUUUAUUUUCUGCCACCUAUGCUUAUCUGUGAUUCACGUUAUUGCACAAUAUGA